AUGACAGAAUCAACGGUCCAUAAAGCGGAUACUAAAACAAAUGAAACUUGUGAAGAACUUAAUAUUUGGGAAAAAAGUCAACCAAAAGAUACAUAUAGUUUUAUUUACGCAACUGUAUCCUCAAAUGGAGAUUUAAUUUUGGAAGCUGAUUCAUUGUAUCCCGACAACUCAGUAGUUGAUCACUUUGAAAAAAAUCAUUUAAGCAAAGAAGUGGUGAUGUAUUAUCAUCAAAAAGUAAGUCAUUUGGAUGUACCACCUUUCACUUCAAAGAAAGAAGCAAGAAAAUAUUUGAUAGAUCAGUAUAAUAAAUAUAGCGACAAGGAUUUUACAGGCAGUCAAGUGAAAAACUCGCUAGGACGCGCACGGUUAAGACCAUAG